AAAUGGUGUGUGCAGGCAAAUGGGGGAUCUUUGACAAACCGCUGGUUUCCUGUUUUCGUCGAUGCCAAUAGCGUUAGCGGCCCUCAGGUAAAUCCAAGUAAAUAAUUAUGCUUCAGGCAGCAAAUAUUGCUCGGGCUACCUUGAGUAAUUGAGAGCCGGCAACCGUGUGCUCCAGCUGACAGUGACGAGCCGCCCACCAUGGAGAGGGGACGCACGGACGACGUUUGGUCGCUCCAAGAUAGAUUCAGACAGUAUAAACAGAAGGGCGAGCCGUACGACGUGCGGAUAGACGAGACUGGCCUGACGGUGUGGAGGGCAUCGAGUGGGGCACAGGGCACGACACAGAGGAGAGUGGUGAAGGUGUCUGACCUGGUGGGUUGUCUGUGCAUGAAGGCAGGCCCAGAGGAGCCAAGGUCGCACCUGGCUUUCUUCACUGUUUACGCCUAUCCCUUGAAUGACACUGGCAAGAGGAGGAGACUCGCCCUCUCCUUCGAGGUCGAUAAGGAAGACACCUUCGAGCAGAAUUUAGAGGUAGCAAAUACCUGGAGGAGCGCUGUCCAUAAGGCGAUCAGGAACUAUGGCACGGCAAAUCCCCAAAUAGAUAAGAGUAAAAGACUUUUAUUGCUUAUCAAUCCAAAUUCGGGACCCGGAAAGGCUUAUCAGAUGUACAAGAAGCAGGUGGCAGCAGUUUUUGGCGAGGCAGAAGUUGCUCAUGAUGUUAUAGUGACAGAGAGAGCAAACCACGCAAUGGAACUAGUCAAGACUCUUGACCUCGCAAAGUAUUCUGGAUUUGUCAUUAUGUCUGGGGAUGGCCUGCUUUUUGAGGUGUACAAUGGACUGCUGGGAAGAUCAGACUGGAAGCAAGCAAUCCAGUUUCCUAUUGGCAUUAUUCCUGGUGGAUCAGGUAAUGGCUUGGCAAGAUCUCUGGCACACUGGCUCAAUGAACCUUACAUGGGCAACCCUGUCCUGGUGUCUGCGCUCAACAUAGUACAUGGGCACCUGUCUCCCUUGGAUUUAGCAAUUAUUCAAACGGCAGAGGGCACAAAAAUGCUUUCGUUUCUCUCAAUUGGGUUUGGACUCAUCUCCGACAUAGACAUUGAGAGUGAACGGCUUCGAAGAAUUGGAGAGGCAAGAUUUUUUGUGUGGUCUUUAGCUCGAAUAGCAAAUUUACGCAAAUAUAAUGCUACCAUAUCUUUCAAGCGUAUACAGACAAAAUCUUCUAACACUAUCCAUAAGAUCAGACCACAUCUUCAACAUUCGCAGACAGUUGUGGAGCCAGUAAUAGCAUCAGAAGCCAUGCCUGAUUCUCUGAAAAGGAGUCAGUCUCUUUCGACAGCGGGAGAAAAUUAUGCCUCCUUUGACCUGAGCCCAUCCCUCAUUAAGGUUGAAUCUGAAGAAUCACAGCAGAAUUCUUGCACAGAUGAGGGCUUCAGACAAGAAAACCAUCAUACUGAAAUAGAUCAAAAUGAGCAUUCUAUAAAAGAAAAUAACAGUGAGGAGGAUAAUAUUGAAGCAGGGAAUGACUUUUUAAUGCCAGAUAUUAAUGAGCCUGUUCCUGAUGACUGGGAGACUGUUAAAGAUAACUUCAUACUGGUGCAUGUUUCCUACCAUAGUCAUAUAAGCAGUGAUGUUUUCAUUGCUCCCAAAGCCACACCAAAUGAUGGGUGCAUGUGGAUGAUGAUGAUCAAAGGAAAAACUCCAAAAAGUACCAUUGCUAAGCUGCUUCUAGGUUUGGAUGGAAGCCACGUCAGUAUACCUGGAGUGGAGCUAAUUGCUGUGGAGGCACUGAGAAUUGUUCCCUCUACAGCCACUGGAUGUCUCAGUGUAGAUGGAGAACUGAUACCAUGGGGACCAGUACAAGCUCAUGUUUUACCUGGAAGAGGUCAGGUUAUGACUCGUUGAGUAGCAAGUAAAUCAAUGGGCAAUUUUUAUGUUGUUGUUGUAAAGUGUUAUUGAAGACAAUAGUUUAUCAUUACCAAGAAGAAAUAUAGCUUUCAACAAAAUACCAGGUCAGUAAUGAUUUUUUAAAAAUACACUAAUAUUAAUAUAAAAGAAAAAAACAAAUAAAUUGGUCAAACAAAAGUAAUCUAUGAUAUACUAAUACUAAAUCCCAUCAUUUAUACUAUAUAAAUAUAGUGACACUUGAAUGCUGGCUGCUCUGGUUAAAUAAAAUCUUUAAAAGAAUUUGAUUAACAGAAAUAUGCAAUAUGCCAUCUUCAAUUUUUCUAUUUGUUUUCAAGCUUAACCAUCGGGUUAAAAUAAAGUACUGUAUACUUGUCUUAUUUGGGGAUUAUAGAUUUUAUAUAUGUAUAUUUGUAUAUCGAACAUUUCCUUCUAUGAACUGUUCAUCUUUUUGUACAUAAAUGUUUUGCCACAAUUAAAAUGACUUUAUGGACAUAAUGUAUGAAAGUGAUGUGUAUACAAUACUGUACUGUUAUCAUCAUGGAAUUCUCUUACUUUAUGCAUAAAACUAUAAAUUGUUUGGGUACAGAUUGUUACACUAUUCAUCAGGCUAAUGCAAGCUUGUACUAAGAUGCUGUCCUUUCCAGUCUAUUUGUUGUCUUUACUUCACCGAGAACACUUGCUGUAAAACUAUUGUAUUUAUUUUUUUGGAAGCUUUUAUUGAGGAACAUAAUUUUAGAAUAUUUUUUUUUUGUUCUAGGAGUUAUUGUCUACCUAUUGGGUGAUUAUAUAUACCUGUAACUGUAUUCUCAUGUAUUAGUUAAGGUACUGUGUAAAGUGCUGCCCUUACACUUAAAAGAACAUGUAAAAGUUUGAAUCCCAGCCAAGGAGUAAUUUUUUUUUGGCUUUGUGUUGCAAAAGAUGCUUGGCAGGUUACUAUUGGUCAUUGUCAGUCACAGACGCAGACUUAAUUGGUAUCGGCCAUUGUUAUCGCUCACCACACCUUUGCUGAACGGUUAAUAUGGGAGUUGCACAGCAGGGAAAAUAUAAAACAUUAGCUGUGUUAAUAGAUAUAAUAUUGUUUUCCCUAACUAUAAUGUUAAAUCAGGAUAAAAAAAAAAAAAAAAAAAAGACUGUCUAUAGAAAUACAUUUAAUUAUAUUUUUAGUUUACAUAUUGAAAAUAGUAUUGUUAUAAAAUAACCAAAGAGCUUUGAUAAUAUAUUUUUAUAUACUGUAUAGAGAGAUACUAGAAGAUACAAUUUACAUUCCCCGAUCUUUCCACAAGUUUUAUAUGAAAAUAGUUAGAAUUGCUCUGGUAAUCUUCACUUGACUAACCUUUUAUUAGCGAGUGUUGUCCCAAUAAAUUUGUUGCAAUCCUCGCUGCUGCUUUACUUUUGAAAAAUGCUUUGAAAUAUGACACUUUUGUGUAAAACGUUAGCAUGGCACUGGUGCUGAACUGAAGUUUCACUUUGGCCCAUCAGGUUGAGCACUAUUAGGUCAGGUCACUAUGUUGACUCUUGCCCCCUUGAUAAGGAAAUUGUGACAGGCGUCUGGUUUUCUGCCCCUCCGAUAUAAUUCAUCUACUGUAUACUCGUACGUUGCAAAUAAGUUUUGUACUCUAAAACACAAUGGUUUGCAUUUAGAUUAAGUUUUGUGAAACAUACUGUGAUUGUGCGUCAGGGAUUGUCUGGUGUCUAGUUCAUUCAGAGUAUUUGUAGAGAUUGUUGUAUAUUUAAGUAUAAAUGCAGCUGCAAUUAUUAAAAGUUAGUAAAAUAAUACAAGUUUGACAAAAAUUAA